AGGGGGCGAUGUAAGCCGUCCUUGCUACUACGGUAACAUGGCCGACUGAUGUUAGCACAUUGUGAAUUUCAGCCUCAGCAAGGGCUUGUAUUCCAUCUGCUAAGCGUAAAUGCAGUAGCUGCUUGUCGUCCAAAACAAAGGAUGCUGGUGUUGGGGACUAUUUGAUCGGAAAGCACGAUAGGUCAGCAUGCCGGCUUGCGGACUCGAACCCACAUGUUCGGAUCCGAGCAUGGAGGACUCCGUACGCGGGUGAUCAGCCUUUGCCACCAAAAUACAGCCUUUCACGACCUACCUGAGCAGCAUCAGAGCCAAUGUGAGAAGAAACAUGUUGUACACAUGUGGAGACAUCUGAGAAGAUCAUGAAGGAAACCCCGCCGGUAGAUGCUGAUGACCCUAAGCAAGGUGGAAAGACGCCAUCGACGUCCUUGUUUGAUUUAACACCCAGCUCGAGAGGUCGCCAACGCAGGAAAAACCCCAGAUUUUUAGACUACGACACCAGUGAUAUCUACGAAAAUGAAGCGCAAAGUGAAAAAGAGAUUUCUGCUACAAAGAGUCUGGAAAAGAAGGCGACUCCCAAAAAGCGAGGACGACCGAGGAAGGUCCAGCUGCCAAGCGUGGAUGAACAAGCAGCGUCCGAAUCGCCUCAAGUGCCGGAAGCAAAAAGGACUCCUUUAAACAAUACUCCAGCUACAGCAAAUGAUUGCGCCUCUCCUGCACCGGGAGACCCUUUGGAGAAUGGGACACCGAAGCCAAAGAGGAAGUACUUGAAGAAACAGCGAGUCGAGGUGGAACCAGUCGCACCCUCUCCACGUGAGAAGAGUCCAGAAGUACCUGAGGAGGAGGUACCGGAAGGGCGCUGCAAGAGGAGCGCUGCUAAAAUGGCGAUGAAGUUCCUGCAUGCGAUGGCUCAAGACAUCAGUCACUCGACUGAAGGUCCUAAAGCCAGCGAUGACUCCAUUACCAAAACACCAGAACAAGCGACAGAGAACAGAAGUUCUAAAGAGAAAAAAGUACGCAGAGGUUGGAAGAGAAAGCACUCCGAUAGCGAUGCCGCAGAGGACGCCGACUUUGUUCCAGAUGUGGAAGAAGAGGAAGUGGAAAAUGCUGAGGAAGACGAUGAAGAGUCAACAGACUCUGAUUUUAACUACAAGAGCUGCCACAGCGCUUCAAACACCAAACUGGGGAAGAAUUCAGCCACCAUCAUAAUGAACCCCAUCUGGGAUGCCUUUGACACAUACAAGUCAUUCCGUGAGGAAAACCUCAGCAGCUGGAUUUUUCCGGAGUGGAUGCCCUCCUCCAGUGCUUGGCACCAGGUGUCCCAAAGUGAACUGGAGACAUAUCUACCUCAGGAACUUCUUUCAGCAGCUUUCAAAGUGUCGAGGGAAUCUUACGCAGAGGAGACACCUCUGCGUAGACUCAAAAGGUUCGAGGCACUACCUUCUCACCAGGACCGUUGGGACAUGCACCUGAAUGCGGGCGGGCCAGUGUGGGCCAUGGAGUGGUGCCCGACCCCCGAUGGGGCUGUGGCCUCCCAGUACUUGGCUGUGGCCUGCUACAGAAACAUGGACGACCAGCACUACCUCCACAAAACCUACUCUGGACCGGCCUUGGUGCAGCUGUGGGACCUGGGCUUGCUUGAGUAUGACAGCAGGCCGGUCUCACAGCCGCGCCUGGCCUACGGCAUGGUCCUGGACAAAGGUUUCAUAUGGCAUCUAAAGUGGUGUCCAGCAGGAGGAUGGGAGAUGCCCUCCAAAAGGAAACAGGCUCCUCUACUGCCCAGACUUGGUCUUCUGGCAGUAGCCACCUCCACUGCUGUGGUCACCAUCUACAGUCUGCCUCAUCCUGAUGCACUGAACCCCAGCUGGAAUCUUUCAGACUCUGGUGACAGCAGCCAGUGUGGAGCCAUUUACAAGCCUGAUCCUGUUCUUACCCUCAAGCUGGGCUCCUUGAAGUCGCUCCGUCUUGAGCAGAGCGGACAGGUUCUGUCCAUGGACUGGCUGCCUGUUCAGCCACAUGACGUCAUCGCUGUUGGGUUCUACGAUGGUAUUGUGGGUCUGUGGGAUCUGAACACAAAGUCGCCAUUGUUACGUGUUCAGGCGUCACAUGACUCUCUGACCCUGCUGCCGUUCAAAUGUUUCCUGGCUCACGACCAUGCCGUGCGCGCUCUGGUUUUCUGUCCUGCCAAUAGACAUCUUUUAGCGUCUGCGGGGGAGGACCGCUUUUUGAAGACGUGGGACCUAACAAGGCCUUAUGGGCCAGUCACGGUCCAGAAACGAUCUGUGCCCAGUGAAGUCUACUGGCCCUUGAAUGCAACUGGACUUUUUUGGGCCGAGGACAACGCUUUUGUAUCAACCUUCUCUCAAGGAGUACAUUACUAUGACCACAAAAUGUGCUCCUACUUUGCAAUCCCCAGGAUGAUCACGAUGUGGUCCAUCUCUUACUCUGAUUGGCUGAACAGUGUGGUAACAUCGGACGUGCUGGGUGAGGUCAUUUGUGCCGCGUUGCCUCCAAUUAGUAUCGCUAUUCACUACCCAAAACGGCCGGUUGAGAGAAGAUUUCCCAUCUACUUCACCACGGCGGAGCCUCACGAGGACACUGGAAAGAAGCAGGAUGGGCCGGCGGAUGCUGGCUGUGAGGAGGAGGAGGAUGAGGAAGUGGAGGGAGAAAAAGGCAGAAAGGUCAACGUUCCUCAUCUACAGCCUGAGACGUACAAAGAGGCUGAAAGGAAGUACUACCUUCAUUACACUGACAACAACAUGAUCUUUGGGAGGAAGGGAUGUCUGUGGAAGAAAAUGCAGAAAAAUGAGUUUAAGAGCAGGGUUAACGUGGACCGCUUGCCUUUGUCUGCGCUGCACAAGGUGCGUCUGAACCCCAACAUGAGCUCUCACACGUGGUUGGCGUCGGCGGGCCAGGCCGGCCUAGUCCGACUAAACUGUGUGAGGAGCCUCAACAACUCAUACGUCCACAUCGCCAUCAGCAAGUGCCAGGCCGAGUUUGACGCUCUGCACCCGUCGACAAGCGUGGAGGAGGAGCAGAACCGGGCGGAGGACGCUCCUCUAUGACCUCCGCUGUUGGCAUAGCCAUGCUAACUGGAGAAAGACUUUGCAAUCAACUAAAGAGGAGACAUUUGUUUUUAUAGUCUGCAUAUGUUUUUAAAACAAAGUCAGAAUUCUUCUAAUCGAGUCAGGCCGCAGCUGUAGAAAUACUUGAACUUUUUUUAAACCUUCUUUUAGCAGCAGUCUUUGAGUGCACAUGUACAGAUCAAACCAAGUGUGUUUAUAGCCAUUAUUAAACGUUAGCAAACAUGAUCAGGGAACAGGAAUACAUUACAUUAUUCACUCAUAUAUAUGGCAUGUAUCUUGUCACCGGAAUGUUUCUUUUUCUUCAGCCAAGCACUUCAAUAAGACUGAUUUUGUAAAAUAGAAAUAUUUGGUUUUGUAAUCGAGGCGAUGAAUUAAUAAAGAUGACUUAUUUCAAAAA